UCAUGUCACAGAUUGAUCAGCUGCUGGAAAUGAUAUAAAAGCAAGAGAGAGCACCUACAGAUACAUCAGUGAGAUACAUCACACACUCAUUUACAUCAUGACCUUCACCAUCUUCUCCAUCACCUGCCUUGCCCUGGUGGCAUCUGCUCUGGGUUGUGGAGUCCCUGCGAUUAAACCGCAGACGAUCGGCAGCAGGAUUGUGAACGGACAGAAUGCCAUCUCUGGUUCUUGGCCCUGGCAGGUCUCUCUUCAGAAAGCCAAUGGUUUCCACUUCUGCGGAGGAUCCUUGAUCAAUGAGAACUGGGUUCUCACUUCUGCCCAAUGCGCUGUCAUGGUCAACUCUGACCGUGUCAUUCUUGGAGAACAUAAUCGUGGCUCCAAUGAUGAACCCAUCCAGAUAGAGAUAGUUUCCAAGGUCAUCAGCCAUCCGGUCUCAAACAGUCCAAUCUUCAACAAUGACAUUGCUCUGCUGAAACUGUCGUCUCCAGUCACAUUCACUCCUCGUAUCUCUCCUGUAUGUCUGCCCGAAUCAAACGCCAGGAUCGUGCCUGGAACCCGCUGCUUCACCACUGGCUGGGGCCAGACUGCUUCUACAUCGAGACCUCUAGUUCUGCAGCAAACAGUCACACCCAUCAUAAGUCUGGCUGUGUGCAGGCAGACUUGGGGUCAGAACAGAAUCACUGAUGCCAUGAUCUGUGCUGGAUCCUCUGGUUCCUCAUCUUGCCAGGGUGAUACUGGUGGUCCUCUGGUGUGUGAGAGUUCAGGGGUCUGGACUCUGUUGGGCUCUGUGUCUCGGGAAGGAAGCACUUGUGACCCCCGUUUGCCUGCAGUCUACACCAACAUCUCCCAGCUGCGCUCUUGGAUCAACGAGACUAUUUCUUCCAACUAGAUCAAUAGUCUGAAUAUUUACUUUCUGUCUUUGAUUCCCUGUUGGUGGUCUUUUUGUUUGUGGGUUUGGGUCAGUGAAUGAGUUCAUUCUGUUUCAGCUGUACAGAUAAUGAAAACCUUUCAAUAAAUGAGAUGAGUUAAAUAAA